GUCAGGUCACUCAUUCCAGCUCCAGCUCCACUUGGCCCGGCUAAUUGAAGCGUCUGAAUCCUCUCUGGAGUCAAACUGUGACACGUCCCCAUGGAGACGGUGAGUCUGACUUCAGCCUUCAUUUACAGCAGGGUGACAUUCUGCAGGAAAACAGCACAAAAAUGAUGGAAAGACGGAAGGAGAACGAGGAUGAAGAGGAAGGAAACAUCAUCCUGGGAAGUCUUUUAAUUUGAAAGCUGGGAGAAGUGUCUGUAUGGGACCUCCCUCCUCCUCCUCCUCCUGUGGAUGAGCCUCCUCCCACUUCUCCUGACUGCAGAAGCUUCUGCUCUCUGCUGCUCAAUCUCAGAAGUUCCGCUGAAGCUUCAGCAUCUUCAGCAUCCUCAUCCAUCCUCCAGCAGCCAGCCUGCCCCUCCCCCACCAACACCUCCAUCUGAGGAUCAGUGGCAGCCGGACAGCAUCUAUCUGGAAGCAUCAAAAGGAGGGACUGAUAUUUGAUCGACGAAACAACAACCGUCCAUCAGGAUGCAGCGCAUCAGGGAAGGAAUCCACAUCCGGGCAAUGAAGGCCAAGAGGAAAGUGGAGGAGAUCUCCAAAGAAGAUGUCCAGGCGUUCUUCAAGAAGAACGCCUUUGUGCUCUUCACAGUGGCAGCAGUUGUUCUUGGGGUCAUUCUUGGAUUUUCACUGCGCCCCUACAAGAUGAGCUACCGGGAGGUCAAGUACUUCUCUUUUCCUGGAGAGGUGCUGAUGAGGAUGCUGCAGAUGCUCGUCCUGCCGUUGCUCGUCUCAAGUCUGAUUACAGGAAUGGCAGCUUUGGACAGUAAAGCAUCUGGGAAGAUGGGCAUGAGAGCUGUGAUUUACUAUAUGACCACAACCAUCAUUGCAGUCUUCAUCGGCAUACUAAUCGUGCUCAUCAUCCACCCAGGAAAGGGCUCCAAAGCAGAGUUUGGAAAGCAGCAGACCAUUGAACAAAUCAGCCCCGCGGAUGCUUUCCUGGAUCUGAUCAGAAACAUGUUCCCUCCCAACUUGGUCCAAGCUUGCACCCAGCAGUUUAAAACCAAAUAUGGGAAGCGAACGGUCCACUUGACGGUGACCAUCAAUGAUACAUUCUUCAACUCAACCAACAACACUCAGGAGGUCAUGGAGAUCACCAGGGAGGAGAUGAUUCCAAUCCCCGGUCAGGUCAAUGGACUCAACGCUCUCGGGCUGGUGGUCUUUUCUAUGUGCUUUGGUCUAAUCAUUGGGAACAUGAAAGAGCAGGGCCAGCUACUCAGAGAAUUCUUCGACGGCCUGAAUGAAGCCAUCAUGCAGCUGGUAGCCAUCAUCAUGUGGUACGCUCCUAUUGGUAUCCUGUUCCUGAUUGCGGGAAAGAUAGUUGAGAUGGAUGACCUCACCCAAAUGGGCGGUCAGCUGGGCAUGUACACCAUCACGGUCAUCAUCGGCUUGAUGAUUCAUGCCGUUUUGAUUCUGCCCAUGCUCUAUUUUGUCAUCACUCGACAGAACCCCUUUGUGUUUAUUGCUGGACUGCUCCAAGCUUUGGUAACCGCCUUGGGAACCUCAUCCAGCUCUGCAACACUCCCGGUCACCUUCAAAUGUCUAGAGGAAAACAACAAGAUUGACAAAAGAAUCACACGUUUCGUGCUUCCUGUUGGGGCCACCAUAAACAUGGACGGAACUGCUUUAUACGAGGCAUUGGCAGCUAUCUUUAUCGCUCAGGUCAACAACAUGGAGAUGAACUUUGGUCAGAUCAUCACCAUCAGCAUUACAGCUACUGCAGCCAGCAUUGGGGCUGCUGGCAUCCCUCAGGCGGGACUGGUCACCAUGGUGAUUGUUCUGACCUCUGUUGGACUGCCCACUGAUGACAUCACUCUCAUCAUUGCUGUUGACUGGUUCUUGGACCGCCUCCGUACCACCACCAAUGUUUUGGGAGACUCGAUUGGAGCCGGCAUCAUUGAGUUCCUGUCCCGACAUGAACUUCGCAGCAAAGAUGUGGAGAUGGGAAACGCUGUAUUGGAGGAGAAGGAGAGGAAGAAACCUUACAAGCUCAUCUCACAGGACAGUGAUUUUGAGAAUGACAAGCGCACUCACUGUGAGUCCAACAUGUAGAUCAAUCACGACUUGCUUGAGCAGAAAAGUGUUUGCAGGCUUUUCUGUUGACAGGAGCAGGGACCGAACUGUCAAUCACGUUUCAGUGUACUUACAGCUCACCUGGUCUUCUUAACAUUCCGAUUCUGUCAUGUCACAGAGCUGGUGAGUCGCCAUAAUCCUCUUCUUGCAUGUGAAACGACAGAAGUCAUUUUUAAAAACCUUGUUGUAUUUUAAGUAUUGCUGCGGAUUUCAGUCUUUGUGUUUGCUUUAAUUUGCUUUGUCAAGCUCCAGUAAAGUGUAAAAAGUCAUUUUUUAUUUUUUUCCCAGACUGAAGGGAGAGAAAGAUUUUAAUAGAAACAACACUAUAAUGUACUAACAGACAUUUGUCUUUUGACUACAUGAAGAGAAAACAAGUUAUCUUUCAAAACACAGAAUCUGAGUGUUGAGUUUUACAUGAAUCUGUCAUUUCACUGUCCUCAUGAUAUUGUCUAAUCUUUCUAACUGAAUGAGUAACUGUUUCACCUCAUAAAUUGUGUGAAAUGUAAUAUUGUGUACACAAAUGCAGCUUCAUAAGCUUUAUGUAACUUGCUUGGAUUUUUUCAUGUGUGCUGAUAAAAGUAAAAGCGUAAAAUUGUUUGCGUUCCUCUUUCGUUUGUGAAUCUGCUGUGAAAUAAACAAUGUGAACCCUGAA